AUGAGUAAUUCUAAACCAAAUAUCAAACAAACUGAAUGCAAUAGGAUCACACAAAUAAAUAUAUAUAUUUAUUUAUUUAUUUUUUAUUUUGACCACAAUAACAAAAACAUGAUAUUUACUUUGCAGAGUUGGAGAUGUGAAAUAAGCAGUGAUAGGCUAGAAGGGAAAAGCAGCAAAAGUAAUGUGAGUUACAAAAGAAGUCAUCAAAAUAACGGGAACAAAGGACCAAUAAGGUCACCUCUGACCUAUUGA